CUCAAAAGUCUCUUCCGCUCGCACUGUCACACUUUUCAGCUGCGCUCCACCGAAAAAAUCAAGAUCGAGUCUUCAUCAUUAAUCACUCGGUACGCUGCUUAAUUUCACUCGAUAGGGAAACCCUCUGAGCCCUAGAAAGAUCAAAAACCCAAAUCUUUCUCCAUCCCAAAUGCUGCUUUUGUCCCAAUUCCUCACUCUCUUGGAUUCUUGAUCACAAUCUCUCGUAAAAAUCUCAUCUUGGAUCUGGUUGCUCCUCGCUCACCUCCUAAAGUUUCCAUCUUUUUUGUCUGGUCUUGACGCCUGGUGAGAAUUGGGGGAGUUUUCUGGAUUAAUCGGUCAAAGCGAGCUUCGGGUCGAUUGAUUUAUAUUGGGAAGUGGGUGCAAGAUUUGCUCUUGCUUUGCUCUGGUAUUGCUGUUGAAUGCGAGGAGAAGUGUCAAUUCGCGCCUUGAGAAACCGGCGGCUUGCGUUCGAUUGCUUGUCGUGUUUGAAAAUUAGGUUUCUUUAGCGAAUUGGGUAUUGUUCUUUUUGCUGGUUAGUGAAGGCUUGGGCGCUGCGCGAGGCGGGGGAGUUAAAGAAAGAGGAGUGGUAGCUGUCAAUGCCAUUUCUGGAUUGGUAUUUGGUGAAUUCUGAGGUGGUUCUGUUAGAGUUAACUCCAAAGUCGAGGCUAAUUAUCAAUGUCUUGGGCAAGCCCUGAAGACACUUACCUGUCCACUUCCCUCGCCAGCUAUCUUGACAAGAAGCUUCUUGUACUGCUGCGAGAUGGUCGAAAGCUGUUGGGUAUACUUCGCUCAUUCGAUCAAUUUGCAAAUGCUGUUCUAGAGAGUGCAUGUGAAAGAGCUAUUGUUGGCGACCUAUACUGUGACAUCCCUUUAGGUCUUUAUGUAAUACGUGGGGAGAAUGUAGUUUUGAUCGGUGAACUGGAUGUUGAAAAAGAGGAGCUUCCCCCACAUAUGAGACGGGUUUCAACAGCUGAAAUUAGAAGGGCGCAGAAGGCAGAAAGGGAGGCUUCAGACCUUAAAGGCACCAUGAGGAAAAGGAUGGAGUUCUUGGAUCUGGAUUAAUCUCUUUUGAUCAUAGUGUGUCGAAACCAUGUCUGCAAAUAUUAGUGCGGUGGUGUUUUGGUUAUAAAAUUUUCAAUCGAGCGUUGACCUUCAAUAUUCAGAUUCUUAGCAGGGUGGUUCAUUUUCUUAUUGUAUUUUUAGCAUGUAAGCUCAAAUUGGAUCUUCACGGGAACUCUUAAGAUUCUGUGGAAUUAGCAGGGUGUCUGCACUUUGGAAUACUGAACUUCAUCAUCAUAUUAUGGAUAAUCUGUCACCGUAUUCAUGUUGGCAUCA